GCAAAAUGAUCCACGAAGUUUUGUUUAUUGGACAGCUUAUUCAAAAAAUGGUACUGCUGAAGGAGAAUUAGUUUAUGCAAAUUAUUGCACAGACGAUGAUAUGAACCAUCUUUUUGAGAUGAGAAUUAAGUUACGUGGAAAAUUAGUGUUGUGCAGAUAUGGGAAAUUAUUUCGUGGUCAACUGGUCUAUUUAGCUGAAAAACGUGGAGCUGUUGGUGUUAUCUUAUACAGCGAUCCAGAAGAUUAUGCUCGUGGUCAUACAGUUAAUGAGACAUUUCCGCAUCAAAUUUGGUUACCAGAUUCCGGUGCACAAAGAGGAACAUUGCUACGAACAGACGGUGAUCCAGAAACACCAAUGUUUCCAUCUAAAGAUUACAUUUAUCGUACAGAAACUGAAGCUACAGCAAGAGCUUCUGGUGUAAUACCAAAUAUUCCAGCAAUGCCAAUUGGUUAUCGUGAUGCAUUGAAAUUGAUGCAAAAACUGGAUGGUUUUCCAGUUCAAACAGUUAUAAUUCAAGAAUUGUUACGAUGGCAAGGCGGUAUGAAUGUUACCUAUCGGUAUAAUGGUUCUUCAAUAUUUCGUUUAUCUGUCCGAUCGACAACAACACGUCGAAAAAUUAAGAAUGUAAUCGCAACGUUACGAGGUGCAAUUGAACCGGAUCGUUAUGUCCUACUCAGUAACCAUGUUGACGCUUGGGUUCAGGGAGCUAUAGAUCCAGCUACUGGAACGGCAACAAUGAUUGAGAUAGCUCGUGUUGUUUCAGAAGCAGUGAAAAAGUAUAAUUGGAGGCCAAGAAGAUCGUUGGUUUUUUGUCAAUGGGAUGCUGAAGAAUAUGGAUUAAUAGGUAGCACUGAGUGGGUUGAAGAGUUGAUGAAACCAUUAGAGCAACGAGCUGUGGCAUUGAUUAACGUGGAUAACAUUAGCGGUAAUACCACACUGCUGGUCAAAGCAGUUCCACUGCUCUACAGAGCAAUUGUUGAUGCUGCUUCAAAAAUUUCAACACCAAAUAUAGCUGAACAAAAAGCUGGUAGAAAAACUCUAUUAGAUUCUUGGAAACAUCAUGUACCUGGUGGAACUAUAUCGGGUGAUCGAUCAGUUCCACGAAUAAAUUUUCCAGGUUCUGGAUCUGAUUAUCAGCGUUUUUUAUCAUAUCUUGGAAUUCCAAUAGCCGAUAUCAAAUUUGAAAGUUUACCGCUGUAUUCGUAUAUGCUUUAUCAUUCAAUGUAUGAAAUUCCAUGGACAGUUGAAAAUCUUAUUGACAAAAAUUUUGCUGCAACAACAGCUGUUGGACAACUUUGGCUUGAACUUUCUCGAGCUUUAGCAGAUAAUUUGGUUAUACCAUUCAGCCCACACGAUUAUACAGUGGUUAUUGAAGAAUAUAUUGAUAAACUAAAUUUUCAUUUGCUUAACAUCAAAAUUGCUGAAGCAUUUGGUAUUGAUGAUUAUCAUCAAAUUUUUUGGAAUCUUAAAGAUGCAACAAAACGGUUUCGUAAAGUUGCCGAUUCAUUACAAAAUUUUAUUCAUCGUGUAAACAGUAAUCAAAGUUUGUUGACACGAAAACAGAUUGAGAUGUUGAACAAUCGACUACAAAAUUUGGAAAGAGCAUUUGUUGCUGAAGAUGGUAUUUAUCCGGAACGUAGCAAUUUUCGACAUAUUAUCUUCUCCAAUAGUAUUUCCAACAAAUAUACCGGUAUUCUGUUGGCAACAAUUUUGGAACCAGCUGAACGUUGGCGUAUUGCAAUUGAAAACGGUGAUAUAAAAACUGGCAAACAUUGGUUACGAAUCUGUAAGAUCGGUUUCAACAAACUGCAAUAUGCUAUUGAAUCUGCCAUUUUGAUACUCACACUUGACGGGUUUACUUAUACUUGA